CAGCCUGGCCUCGCCCACCCACCCACGCGCCCCUUUCAAAGAGCUGGCGAGGGCGGGUCUCGUCCGUCCUUCCCUCCUUCCUUCCUUCCUUCCUUCUUCCCACCGGCCGGCGCCCGCCCCCAGUCCAGGCUCCGCUUCCCGGGAACCCGCCGCAUCGGGUUCUGCAACUGGCGCCCGCGGGUGACUGCAGCAUCUCUCUGAUCUUGACUAGUCUUGACCAAGCCAAAUCGAGCUGUCUACUUCUUGGACAAAAGACCAAGUGGAAAUCGGCUGAUCGAUCGAGGGGCACCAAAUACAGCCGAGCUGGAGAAGACAAAAGACAGGCAGGCAGCCCACCCAUCCGCCCUCUUGGGCUUCGUCCCUUAUUGGUGCAAGAUCCGAGCCGCCUCGUAGACUAUAGCAACCCAACGCAGCAGCAGCAGCCGCCGAGCAGAGCCGGGAGGGCAGGAAAGAGAGAGGAGGGCGUUUGUAACCAGGGACGACCGCAGCAACACUUGGCACGGCUCUGGGGAAGAGAGAGAAAGGGAAAGCUGAGCGGAGAGUCGGUUCCUUUGCAAAAACAAGCAGGGGAAAAAGGAAGCAGAAAGAAAGAAACCCAUUCAUUGUCAGCCUUCAGCUUGCUGGGUUGGCCUCCUCUGCCUUUCGACUUCUUCCUCUCUCGUCUCCUAUUCUUUUCUUUUGGGGCUGCAAAUAGCUCCCCCCCCCUCCAGUCCGUUAUGGAGCUGAGGGCUGCUUAUCAUCUGCAAAUGCUCCCUUGAAGACCUCCCCCCAAGAAGGACUUCUCGGAGCCCCUGGAUUGCAGCACAAGGCGUCCUCUUCUCCGCUGCUCCCAGCUGGCUUCUCUCCUGCGGCUUGUGGGGAUCGCAGGAAGGCCGAGAGGGUCCGAUUUAGAGGGCCAGGUGGUCCCUCUCCCCCUGGACUUUGCCCCCCUUUCCGCAAGCUUCCUAUAUGAGUCUUCCUCCCGCCACGGAGAGCUGUCGGGCCCAAUUGAUGCCUUGCUGAGCCUGGAAGAGCCAUUCACCACCAUGGGCAAAUCAAACAGCAAGUUGAAGCCUGAAGUGGUGGAAGAGCUGACUAGGAAAACAUACUUCACAGAGAAAGAAGUCCAGCAAUGGUAUAAAGGCUUUAUUAAGGACUGCCCAAGUGGACAGUUGGACGCAGCCGGAUUUCAGAAAAUCUACAAGCAAUUUUUCCCGUUUGGUGACCCAACCAAGUUUGCAACGUUUGUUUUUAAUGUCUUUGAUGAAAACAAAGAUGGAAGAAUCGAGUUUUCCGAAUUUAUCCAGGCCCUUUCAGUCACCUCCAGAGGAACUCUGGAUGAGAAACUGCGGUGGGCCUUUAAACUGUAUGACCUGGAUAACGAUGGCUACAUCACAAGAAAUGAGAUGCUGGACAUUGUAGAUGCUAUUUACCAGAUGGUGGGUAACACGGUGGAACUGCCAGAAGAGGAGAACACCCCGGAGAAGAGGGUGGACCGGAUUUUUGCCAUGAUGGACAAAAAUGCCGAUGGGAAAUUAACAUUGCAGGAGUUCCAGGAGGGUUCGAAAGCUGACCCUUCCAUCGUCCAGGCCCUUUCCCUUUAUGAUGGACUGGUAUAGUCCCCCAAGCCAUGCUUUGACAUUUGGAGAAGACCUUCUUCCAGUGACAUCAAGCUGCCCACCCCCCAACAAGACCCUCGCCGGACGUUACUCUCCUGUUACUCGCGAGCGAGGGGCGCGUUCUAAGUUCGACCUCAGCCUCAACAACCUCCUGCUUGGAAUCCACCAUCGGCCCCCAUCGGCUGCUUUGAUUAUCAUCCUUUUAAAAGAGAGACAGACGGAGGAAGGGCGAGGGGUGGGAAUCCUUCACCGGAUGGAGGCGGUUUGCACACAUUUCCCUCUCUCCCCCCCCCUUUGUGUUUUGUUUGGAAUGAACUUGAGACUUCAUAUUUCUUCCCUGGGGGGCGGUGGCAGUGGCAUUGAAGAGACCGAGAAGCUGCUGUUAGAUCGGAUGGGAAAAGUA